CGCUUGCGUGAGGAUUAGUCGGGCGGAAGUUGCUUUGAUUGCGGAAGUGUACAGAUGCUGUUGGUUGUAGGCGCAGCUUACUAACAAUUAGCCUUGGGGCCGUAAUUUGACCGUGUUUAUUAUCCACUUGUAUGUAGUUCUGUGGGAGCUUCGGGUUCAGGUUCACGGCUCGAUCAGUCUUACAGGUUGAGCCAUCGUGAUGGCCGAUCACACUGAUGUCAGCCUGCAGCCGGAGGAGCGUGUCCGCGCCCUGACCAAGAAGGGCAGCUCGGUGGAGAUUAAUGACGACAUGCCCCCACGCCGCUACUUCCGCUCAGGCAUGGAGAUGAUCCGCAUGGCUAACAUCUACACGGAGGAGGGCAACAUCGAGCAUGCCUUUGUCCUUUACAAUAAAUAUAUUACGCUCUUUAUAGAAAAACUUCCCAAGCAUCGGGAUUAUAAGACAGCCAACAUUCCUGAGAAAAAGGAUACACUAAAGAAACUGAAGGAUGUUGCGUUUCCUCAGGCUGAGAUUCUCAAAAAGGCUCUACUGAAAAGAUUUGAACAGGAAUAUGCUCAAUAUCUUGUCAAAAAGAAAGAGGAGGAGGAGGUGUUGGCGCGGCAGCAGUCCAAGCAGCGAGCGCUGGACGCAGAGCGGGAACGUGUGGCCGAGAUGCAGCGGCGGCAGCGGGAGCAGGAGCAGUUCAGUGCCUUUGAGGAGAUGAUCCGCCGCCAAGAGUUGGAGAAGGAGCGCCAACGAGUGCUUCUGGAGUUUGCCACUCCGGCUGAGCCUUCCUCUGACACACCCCUCAUCCCAGGCAUCCAGGGCCCCCCGUUAGUCUCCCCUACCUUUCCUCAGAUCCCAGGAGAACUGUCCAACCACCAACAUAACCGCCCUCCCACAUCCAUCGGCACACCCACCACCGGCCCGCCCAGCUUUGACCGCUCACUCAAGCCGGGGUCUCUGGUCAGCCCGGGUAAUAACAAUACAAUGGUGGAUGCCCUUCGGCAGUUGGCUGUUCCCGCUGAGUUGUGCCGGAGCUUUCUGAGGUUGGCUGAGGCCAACACAAGCAGAGCUGUAGAAACUUGUGGCAUCCUAUGUGGCAAACUGACCAGAAAUGCGUUUACUGUGACCCACGUCAUCGUACCAAAGCAGUGCGGCGGACCGGACUAUUGUGACACAGAAAACGAGGAGGAACUCUUCCUCAUGCAGGACCAGUAUGAUCUCAUCACACUCGGCUGGAUACAUACUCACCCCACACAGACAGCCUUCUUGUCCAGCGUAGACCUCCACACGCACUGCUCCUACCAGAUCAUGCUGCCAGAGGCCAUCGCUAUAGUCUGCUCGCCUAAAUUCAACGAAAUUGGCUACUUCAGAUUGACAGAUCGGGGAACAGAUGAGAUUUCCACAUGUAAACAGAAAGGGUUUCAUCCUCACAGCAAAGAGCCACCUCUAUUUACACACGCCGGACAUGUCACCAUCACUGAUGGCACCGUGUCCAUGAUGGAUUUGCGGUGAUCUCUUUCCUUUGUUUCACCAAAACACUCACAGACUGUUUCAUCAAGCUGGGGG